CUCGCCGCUCCGCUCGGUCCCGCCGCUCCCGCUGCUUCGACCGCUCCUCUCAGUUCUGCUGCUCUGCUCGGCCUGGGGCUCUCUGCGCGCCCGUGCCCGCUGUCUGAGGGCACUCACCGGACCAGACAGGCAGGAACAGCCCUGGCUUUCCAGGUGGCUCCAUCAUGGACGAAACUGUGGCUGAGUAUAUCCGCAGGACUGUGCUGAAAAUCCCCCGGGAUGAAAUCAAGAUGAUGCUGCAGAAGUGGGGCUUUCUCUCUGAGGAACAGCUGCAGACCCUCAACUUCCAUCAGCUAAAGGAUAACAUUUCCCAAGAAGUUGUUCAGCUCUGUGAGGAGAAUUCUGCAGACAUAAAGCAAGCAGCUGUCCUAGACAUAAUUUACAACCACAUCUACCAAAAUAAGAGAAUGUGGAGUGUUUACCAGAUGAGAAAAACAGGAGAAGAACUGGAAUAUUUUGACUUAACAGAUUUCAAAAAGAAAUUUAAAAGGAGACUUCGGUCAACCUUGAAAAACGUCACCAUCACCUUCAGGGAAUAUGAGGACAAUGCCAUCUGGAUUCGAGUUGCCUGGGGCACACCCUACAGGCAGCCCAACCAGUACAAGCCCAGCUACGUCGUGUACCACUCGCAGACUCCCUACGUGUUCAUCUCUGCCUCGGUGCUCAAGAGCAACCUGCCCCUGCUGUGCCAGGCCCUGAUUGUUGCUUCCAAUUACCAUGACAUCCGUGAAAUGGAGCUUCGAAGUCAUUCUUUAAACUCCCUUAAAGAUAUUGUGUUUAAGAGAUAUAGCCAGAACUUCCAAACUUAUUGUCCAAAACCUCUCCAAGAAAGGGCUGUAGAACCAGAAAAUGUGGAUUUAAGGAUAAUUAAUGAAAACAGAAGUGAGAAAGAAAGAAUACACAGACUGAACCAGGAAGCUUUUGGUGAUGGUCCCCAACCAAUACUCCAGUUUGCACAAUACAAGCUUGAGACAAUGUUUAAAAGUAGUCCUCAAAUGGAUGUUUUGGAUAAAAGAGAACCAUUCAGAUGUCUGGUCAAGUUUUCUAGUCCACAUCUUUUAGAAUCACUGAAAUCCUUGGCACCAGCAGGUAUGGCUGAUGCACCACUUUCACCACUCCUUACAUGUAUACCACAAAAAGCUAGGAAUUAUUUUAGAGUAAGAGAGAAAAGGGGUUUAUCUCCAGAAAGUUUGGUAAGCCCUUAACGGAGAACCGAGUCAUAGAGAAAAAUGCAAUUUUUGUAUUACCGGUAUUAAUCUCAAUCAUCAUAAACUUUAAAACAGACCUUAAGAAAAUAACUUAUUCUUUGGUAAUACCUUACAUUUUUUUCCAAGUUAUGGCUUCUUUGAAUUAUUCUCCCCACAGUUGCCUUUGACAGAAAUGAGCCCUUCCCUUAACUAAUAAAAAACUCAAUCACAAAGUUUCAACAGAGAGAUCGUGGUUAUUGUAAAUGUAAAUGUAAUGACUGCUCCUAACUGUAUUUUUAACAGCAUUUGUGAAGUUAAAGCUUAAUGAAGAUGCAAUAACAGAGCUGUAGCUGCUCAGUUUGCUCUCAGAGCUGCAGGUGACUCCAAUAUUUUUGGUGGCCCUUCUUCUUGUGGCUCCAGUUGAGAAUGUCCCAUUCAGAUGGGUGGGACUCCCUGCCUGCAGGUCAGGCAGCUUUUUAUCCAAGCAGGGCAAGUUUGUAUUCCAAGACCAAUACAGGGCACAGGGAGGAAGGGACUCUUGGAAUGUGGAUGCCAGUAAAUACUUAAGAAGGAAAAAUCUAUCUUUGCUAUUAAUGUCUUAGGAAACUUUGUCUUGGAGGAAUACAAUGAAACAGGCAAUAUUUUCUUUAGACUCAUUUCAAUUAAUAUUUGAUCCUUCUGAAAUCCUUGCAUGUUGCCACUUUUUUGUGCUUGGGGACAAAGAUUGCAGGAUCAAGAUGGCAACAGUCACUAAGGCAAACAGCCUUGCACUGGAGUUCCUUGGAGUUGGUAAACUUUGGGAAUUGUAUAGAUAGUUGCUGCAUUGGUUUUUUUGAGAUGAAGUUGAUCCCAAGAUUCAGUUCUUGAGUCCAAGUGUUUCUCUUUAAUUCUGUUACCUGGACAGUUUUGUGUGUACUUUGUGUAAUGUGGAAUUUCCAAUUCACUUUGGAUACCUCAGUGCUCAGAGGCAGCCUUAUUUUGAGAGGUUGUAUGGGCGUGUUUUUGUUUUCAAACUGUAAAUAAACGUGUAAAUUAAGUCUUCUCAUAAAAGUUUGUUUGGCCUCACUUAAAAAUAUGACUUCUCACAUACUGAUGUUUGGUUUGGUUUUUUCUCUGUAACUCACUCUUUAAAAGAGCUUAGUUUAGGACUCUCUGCUUGUGAUAGGGUUUUUUAGGAAUUCCACCUGCG